AAAAAAAAAAAAAAAAAAAACUCUCCUCCUUCCUCCGUUGCAUACUCUCUUUCUCUUUGACCAAUGUCUUCAACCAACCAUACCAAUGAGCGUACACCGCUCAUUAAUGAAGAGAAUGGUAUAAUCACCGGUGGCGUAGUUUCUUACGGCUUCAACCAUUCGGCCUGUGCCAACAUUACGUCCAAGGACGGACACGCUGCAAGAUCGACAAAGCGCAAAUUGAUGUUUGCAACGUUGCUUGCUCUGCUCUUUUUUGCUACAGAGCUUGUAGCAGGUUACAUUGCUAAUUCACUCGCUUUGAUGUCCGACGCAUUUCAUCUCCUGUCUGAUGUUGCGAGUUUCAUUGUUGCUUUGGCAGCCAUUUAUCUUGCGGAAAAACCACCAACCAAGCGUCAUACGUUUGGUUUUCAUCGUGCCGAAGUGAUUGCGGCCCUUGUAUCAGUUUUGACCAUCUGGGUGUUAACAGCUUGGCUUGUCCGUGAGGCCAUUGACCGUAUCAAGAAUCCUCAACAAAUUGAUGCCAAGUUGAUGUGUAUCACUGCAUCUAUUGGUGUUGUGAUCAAUAUUGUCUUGGCCUAUGUGUUAGGAGGUCAUCAUCACGGUCAUGGUCACAGCCAUGACCAUGAUCACGACGAUCAUGAAGGUCAUUCUGAACACGAUGAAGAAGGAGUUAACAGAAAACCCAACAGAGAAACGAACAUCAAUCUUAGAGCCGCUGCGCUACACGUUAUUGGAGAUUUGUUAGCAUCGAUCGGUGUUUUGGUGUCUUCCAUUAUCUUGCUGUUCAAGCCAGACCUUACCAUUGUGGAUCCUAUCUGUACAUUUGUCUUCUCGAUUCUCGUUCUGUACACCACUUAUCAUCUUGUGAAGGAUUCGCUGGCCGUAUUGAUGGAAGGUGUCCCCGGCAAUAUUCAACCUGACAUGAUUGAGCAAUCCUUGCUGCAAUUGCCUGGUGUUGUGGCCGUCCACGAUUUGCACGUCUGGACGUUAUCUCCUGGCAAGAGCUCUUUGACAGCCCAUAUUACCGUGGCUCGCGAUCCAUCGAUUAGUUACGACGAUAUCUUGGCCAAGAGCCAGCAUAUUGUUUGUGACAAGUACGGUGUUCAUCAUUCCACCCUGCAGAUCGAGUCGGAGCAGGCUAAUUUUACGGACCAUUGCCGACCGGAAAUCUGUACUCCAAGAUACUAGAUCGCCCUUUUUUUUCUUCAUAUCAUGUGUGAUCAUCCAGUCAUUUUACAACGUUUCCCUCCUCUCUUAUUAUAACUCUUCCCAUGUUACCUACUCCUUUGCAUUAAAUUUUUGACAUGACGAGAUGAAUAGAUCCACAUUUAAACUGCA